AUGCUGGCAACCAUCCAGGGCCACACCCGCCAUGCUUGCGCUGGGCACGCUAAUGUAGCGUGGCGAUGGUGGAGGUGGUACGGGUGGGCCUCGUCGGGGACCAGGCAGAUGAUAUCCUCCGGGCGCAAGCUGCCCUGCCUCAGAUCGUUGGCGACCGUCUGGGGCGUUGCAAAGUUCACCCGCUUCUCGCGCCAGGCUAUCUCCCUCUUGGCCGCCGACGUCGUCCCCGUUAGGGACACACAGUCAACCGAUGGGAUCCCUGCGAUAGAGUGGCAUGCUUCGAUCUGGUUAUUUUAA